CUAUCAAUAAUAAUGUGAAAGCAAUUGUAUUGUCUUUACUUUAAUUAAAGUCGAAUGAUAAUUGUUUUUGUUACAAUUCUGUUAUACAGGAAAAGUGAUUUAAUAUUGUGCUCAUAUUUAUGCUAGUAGUUUUAGAUCUGUAAACAUUAGUUAUCCUCCAAGAUCCAAGCAUAGUUUUACAAUAACAAACAAAUGCAUCAUUAUUUUAAUAGAUUAUUGUGUAAAUUUUAUUCAAAAAUUGCUUUGGUUGGUUCAGCUAAUAUCAAUGAGUAACAAUAAAAAUAGCAGACAAAAGUCGCAACUCCGUAAACGCCUUCGUCAAAGUGGUGAAAUUACUUCAGGAUCAGCCAAGGAUAAACCAAUACAAUUUCUGUUGGUGAAUAACAGAAAUACAACAAAGCAAGUAAUUGUACGCAUAGUGUUUGGUAAAUAUACAGCAGCUGGUAUCACACAUAAGGAAGCUUUAGUUGAUGGGCAGUGUUUGAGAGUUCAUGUAAAACCCAUAGAGGAAAAGAUAAUAAAGAAGCUACUGCAGAAAAAACCACCGGUCCAGUUGAAACAAUCACAUUUGAAGAGAGGUAGGAAACAACUUGGGUUGUCUGAGAGAUUAAAAUCUAGGAUACAAUCGAAAUCAUUACAAAGAAAAAGAAAAAACGGUCAAAGAGUGUCACUUAGGAACACAAGAAAUUUUAUUCAGUCACAACGUAUUCUUUUAAGAAGUCGUUCUCGAAAUCCCAAUAAAAGAUUUGUGAAUUUUAUAGCCAUACCUAUUAAAAACCGAAAAAAGCCAAGAAGUAUGAGUACAGAUUCUGAAACUGAAAAGUGUGACCCUCUUAAUAUUUCAACCAAAACUGAAGAAAUAGUGGCAUUUGAUGAAGUAAAAUCGUUUUUACCUAUUGAUGAACCACCUUGUUCAGAGUCAAAUGAAAAAGAGAGUGAUGCAGAUCCUUUGGGGUAUGAAAAUGAUCCAUUAAGUGAUAGCGAACUCCCCCAAACAACUGAGGAAAGUAAACCGACAUUUGAAAAGUUCAAUGGACAAAGUACACCAUUACGUACAUAUGCUGGAAAACGACCCAGAAAAAGUUCGUUAGUUUCAGAGGUGGAAGGGAUAAAAAAACCAAAAAUAGAUGAUACAGAUAGUGAAGACUUGGAAACGCUUCUUGCAGGCGCCCCUAAAACUGAAGAAGAAAAACAAAAUAAGGACCAACUUGACAACGGCGAUUACACGGCUGAACUAGAAGAAGAAAAAGCCUCCAAGUCUAAUACUGUGAAUGGUAACGUUAUCGUUGACGACGGAUGCUUUUACACGCUAGUUUGUAGAACCGGAAGACCGGGUCGUAAAAGAAUAUUGAAAAAUAAUCUUGGUUUUGAGAAGCUGAUGCACCAAUUGAAAUUAAUCCGACUUCCAGCUCCCAACUGGAAGAUAAAAAUUUUUGUGACGCGUGAUCAACAAAUUUCUGAAAUCACAUUCGCUAAUAAAUUGCCUAACGAACGGUGCGUGAAAUUUUCACGAUCUUCUAUAACUUAUGUGAUCACUUUUAACUCGCAAGUGGUCACUUUGGUGGGUGCACCUAGCUCAAUCGACUCGCCUUCGGAUAUUACACGUUUGCUCGAAAUUUUGAACACUUUGGACGAUGACGACCCCCUUAUAGAGUACAAUCCAAGUACAAAGUAAAUGGUUAAGUAAUUAAAAUAAUAAUGGAAAGAUUUUGCAAUUUUCCCAUCAGAAAAAAAUACAUUUAGAGUUUUAGUAAAUAAUCUUCUUAUAAAAUAAGCAAAUUUGAUUUAUUUGGAAAAAAUUAAGUGCUUUUAAGUUCUUUUUUCCAUAUUCUUUUCAUUUUAGAAAGUAUAAUUUAUAAUACUUGAAAUACAAGUGCAUUUUUCAAUUACGAACUGUCUUUUUGCAGGCUACUAUUACAAAAAUCUAUUUAUUACAAGGAAUAUGUUAUUUCUAACUUGCCAUGUGUUAUUUAAUUAAAACCUAACUUAUUAGGCUUUGAAUAAUGUUAUCAAGACAAUUGUGAAUAUUUUCAAAUCACAUUUUAACAUUUUUAUUUGCCCUUGCAGUGUUGUAUAUUGUAAAAUACUUUCUUGGUAAUUGUCUUAAUGACGCAAAUGCAUCUUACAACUUCGCAUACCUAACUGUUCGUGUACUUAUCAGAUUUUUUUAUGUUAUUAAAUCCGGAAUUAGUAAUUUGUAAUAAGAGACCAAUGCAUGAUUAUAAAAAAUUAUAUAAUAGUAUUUUUAAGUGCGAUGUACAAUAAUUGUAGUUGUAUAUAUGCCUUUUAAGUUUCAAAAAAUAAAAGACGUUAAAUAUC